AUGGCGCAAAACCCACAGGCUGUUUCUAAGCUUAUCCAGGACUUGGAGGAAGCCUCCAGCAAACGUGAAAGGAAAGAAGGCGAGGAAAAACCGGUUACCUGUAAAAAGAAUACCUAUCCUGUUCCAGGAACUACCAAUGUCACUGUGGACUCGUGGAAAUUCAUGGAUUGGGAUUAUUACAAGCCAAAUCUUCCUACCUAUGCACGAGGUUUGUUUACCACCAAACUCAAGGACAACACCCCUGAGAUUGCAGUCCGUGGAUAUGACAAGUUCUUCAACGUGGACGAGAUGCACACCACCAAAUGGUCUAAUAUCAUCAAUAACACAAGAGGACCUUAUGAGGUGGGUGUGAAGGAGAAUGGCUGUAUCAUUUUCAUUGCUGGUAUGGAAGAUAGCACAUUAAUGGUGUGCAGCAAGCAUUCUAUUGGACCUCGUCAGGAUGGAGUAAGCCAUGCCGUGGCUGGUGAAUCCUGGGUCACACGACAUGUCUCUAGCGUUGGAAAAUCGACCAAGGAGCUUGCAAAAAAAUUACGCCAGAUGAAUGCUACGGCAGUUGGAGAGUUAUGCGACGACAGCUUUGAGGAGCACGUACUGGCCUACAGCCCAGCUGCAGCUGGUAUAUAUCUUCAUGGCCUGAAUUACAAUGUUCCCAAGUUUGCCACAAUGUCUGGGGAGAAGGUUCAACAGUUUGCCGAUGAAUGGGGAUUCAAGAAGUGCAAGUAUGAAACCUUCACCGAUAUUGACACAGUUAGCAAGUUCUUGGAGGAAUGCUCCAGGACAGGUACCUGGGAUGGUCGUGAGACCGAAGGCUUUGUUGUCCGAUGCCAAUUGAACGAGAAUGGCACCUACAACGACUGGUUUUUCAAGUACAAGUUUGAGGAGCCAUAUUUGAUGUACCGACAGUGGCGUGAAUGCACUAAAGCCAUCAUUGCAGGACGGACUCCUAAAAUCAAAAAGCAAGUCCCAAUCACUGAGAUGUAUCUGGAUUUUGCACGCAAAAAGUUCGCCCAGGAUCCUCAGCUGGCAGAAUCAUACAUGCACGGUCACGGUAUCAUCUCUUUACGAACUGAAUUUUUGGAAGAACGAGGAUUGAGAGGCUGGGAUAUUACUGCAAUGAAAGCCGAGAAACAGGGACCCGUAACGGAAGGGCUCGUACUCGCUCCAAUUGCGACUCUGGGCUGUGGUAAGACAACUGUGGCAAUGGCUCUCACAUCUCUUUUCAAAUGGGGUCAUUUCCAGAAUGACAACCUUCCCCAGCAAAAGAACAAGCCCAAAAAAUUUGCUGCUCAAAUCUCCCAGGCUUUGGGAGAACACAAAGUGGUGAUUGCAGACCGGAACAACCACCAGCGACGUGAAAGAGCACAGCUGAUGCACGAUAUCUUGCAGACGAUUAGAAAUGCCAAGUUCGUUGCUCUGAACUACGUACACGAAUUUAGGGAUAUUCCAAACAUCAAGGCAGUCACCCGAAAGAGAGUGUUGGACCGUGGAGAUAACCACCAAAGCAUCCGAGCAAGCUCCAAAGCCAAUGGAGAGACUAUCAAGAUAAUGGAUGGGUUCUUGCAACGCUUUGAGUCCGUUGAUACUAGCCGCGACCCUGAUGAUGGAUUUGAUCUUGUUAUCAACCUCGAUGUGUGCGCAUCCUCCCUUCAAAACUUGGAGACGACCAUUGUCGCACUCCACAAUGCAUACCCCUCCAUUGUUCCCUCAAUUCCCUCUCACGAAGAGAUGGAGCUUGCCAUCAACCAAUCCAUCAGCCACGAAGUCAAGGUUGACCUAAGCUCCAGCUACCACUCAAAUAAGACAAAGGCCUCUCCUGUUAAUAAAGUUGAGUUGUUUCAGAUUGGCUUAGGAUCCUCUCAUGUCUACGAACUUCUUCAGUCCAUUUUUGCUAGCCCCACCAUGAUACCUGAGGGUGCUUGGCUUUACAAUAAGCUUGUCGAAGCGAAGCGUAUCCAGUCACACUUCCACGUCACUCUGAUUCAUCGCAGCGCCCAGAAGUCUCAGGCUCUGACCUGGGACUUUUAUGCAAACAAAUUUAGCGAAGUGCAGACGGAAGGUAGUGGACAAAUCAUCUCCAGCUUCGGCCCUCAGCGCGUUUGCAUCGAGCGUCUCAUCUGGGAUCACAGAGUCAUGGCCUUCGUCGUCCGCAUCCUCCCACCCAAGACCGAAGAGGGAGAGGUGGGAGGAGAGGAGGAUGUUGAAGGUCUGAAAUGUGCCAACAUCCUUCCGCAUAUUACUGUCGGAACCGCCGACCAGAGUAUUAAACCAAAGGAAAGUAAUGAUCUCCUGGUGCGUUGGUUGGAAUUCGGUUCUGGGGGUGAGACAGGAAUUUUUGAGCAAAGAGUACCGGCUAUGGUUUUGACUGGAAUGGUUUCUGCGGUGAUGAUGCGGUGA